AAGUCAUACUUCUGUCACGUGACGAGUCAUAUGACAAUGCAUCACAUGAUCACAUGACUGACCGCUUCCAUAACUUUGCACUCAAAAGGUAAGGAACUUUCUUUGUGUCCUCAUUCAGGUGACUUGGAGUGAAAAGACGUAGUACAGAAGUGGUACAGAAUAGAAGAAACAUGUAUGAAGUAUUUGCCAUCGUUUUGUUGGUUGCCGUAGCAACAGCUGCUCCCUCAGACUCAGUCCUAAGAUGGACAGCAAUUGAACCUGCUCAGGAAGUUAAACAAAUGCAUCAAGUUCCAUUAUACAAAUUCGAUGAUACUCCAAAAGAAUCUCUCUGGGAACAAUUUAAACAAAAACACAAAAAAAUAUAUGAAACAAUAGAGGAAGAAAAACACAGAUUUGGGGUCUUUCUCCAAAAUUUAAAAACAAUUGAGCUACAUAACUACCUUCAUUCCAAGGGCAAGAAAACUUUUAGAUUGGGCACCAAUGAAUAUGCUGAUAUGGAACUUGAGGAGUUUGUAAGUGUGAUGAAUGGCUUCAAAGGAAACUCAAACGCAAGCAAAGCUACUAGUAGAGUCUCAUACAUGUCUCCAUCUUUCGUCAAUGUACCAGAGGAAGUAGAUUGGCGAACUAAAGGCUACGUCACUGAUGUUAAGAACCAAGGACAUUGUGGAAGCUGUUGGGCUUUCAGCACGACUGGUUCUCUAGAAGGCCAACAUUUCAAGCAGACUGGCAAACUUGUGUCUCUGAGUGAGCAGAACUUGGUUGACUGCAGUAAGUCAUACGGCAACAAUGGCUGCAAUGGGGGACUUAUGGACAACGCUUUCCAGUACAUUAAAGAAAACAAGGGCAUUGACACUGAGACAUCCUACCCAUAUGAAGGAGAGGAUGAAAAAUGUCAUUUCAAAAAACGAACUGUUGGUGCUACUGACGCUGGCUAUGUCGAUGUCACAUCUGGAAGUGAAGAGAAGCUUAAAGAGGCAUGCGCCACUGUUGGUCCAAUUUCGGUGGCAAUUGACGCAGGGCACCAGUCAUUCCAGCUUUAUGAAAGUGGAGUCUACGUUGAGCCUAAGUGCAGCAGCACCCAACUCGACCAUGGCGUUCUGGUUGUUGGUUAUGGCACAACAGAUGAUGGCGAUU